CUGGUUACUUGCGGCCGUCUCGUCGCAACGCGUGCAUCGCCGCUGCGAGGUUAUCGAUAAAUACACCGCAUUAUCGUCGCUGAUUGCACACGCGUUCAGAUCCUACCCACCAGUCAGUGAAUUUCGUUCUCAACACAUUCAUCUAAAUUGGUCCUAAUUUUCACCAGAACCAUCAACGAACAAACCUCUUCUCCAAACUGUCGAGGAUCAUUCCUGCGGAACCAACCCGAACAUCCAAUAGUGAAACAUCCACACGGUUCUCAAGAAGUUCGUCUACAGCUGGAAGUAAGUCCUCACUUUUAGAGCAAGACUGUAGAGAGCAUAAAAGUUUCCUGCUGUUUUUCAUCGAGUAAUUACAAUACGAUAUCUGUGUCAGCCGUUGCGCAAGUCCAAAGAAAAAGAUCAUCCCAGCUUCGCUCGACCGUCGGAGAAGAGUACAUACCUACCUUGAACACUCGGGCAGCCAGUCAACUGGUGUCAUUGUUCCCGACAGUCCGUCGGAACACGCUGUCUUGUCCGGUUGUUGCGCGUUGCCCGCAGCGACAUUAUUUUUCUGGUAAAUCAACUCGGGACGCUGCGUCGGUAUGAAGUCCCAUAAGGGCCGUGAGCAGAGUAUCGAUUUUAUCGAGAACGAUCUGAUACCGGAGAUGGUGCAUGAUCGCCGGUUCUGCGAGCCGGGUUCGCGGGAGUUCGUCGAGUUCGACUCGGCAACCGUGCGGCUCGUCGAGCUGAGCCACACCAGUGAAAUCUACCGCGUGGAGACUGUCGUUCGGUUCUCCGGCGAGCCGACUAACUUCCCCUUGUUAGUGAAACUGUUUCCGGAGGAGGGGGAGGAGGAAGAGGAGGAGCGGUCCCGUACGUCGUUCGCCGCGUACCAAAACGAAGAAAUGUUUUACGCGAAGAUGACAAGCAAGUACGGCGACGAUCUCGCGCCGAAGUGUUAUCUGGCUGAUUUAGGGCGUUACGGGAGACCGGUGUUCGUGCUGGAGGAUCUUGAGGCGGUCGGAUACUCGCAGGCGGACGGUGAAUUGGACGAGGAUCACUUGAAAUUGUGCGUGGAGGUUCUGGGAAAGUUCCACGGUAGAGGUCUCAGAUUGAAGGCCACGGAGCCACCGGUCUUCAGGGAGUUCGAGGCGAAGCUGCUUGAAAUUACUCUCACCGAGGAAUCGAUGAAGCAUUACGAGAAAAAAUCUUCCAGACUAAUUGACAUCGUCGAAGGAAUGCCGGAUCCGACGUUAGCCGAGAAGGUGAAGCUGAAGUUGAUUAAGAGCCCGAUGGAGACGGUGAAGAGUAUUGCGUCGGAGGUGAAUGAGCUUGCCACGAUCUGCCACGGUCAUUUUUCACACGAUAACCUACUGUUCAAAUACCAGAACGGGAAACCGAUCGACGUGAAGGUGAUCGACUGGCAAACAAUGAGGUACUGUUCACCGGCCGUCGAUCUCGGGCCCAUUCUACUGUAUAAUAUGAGGUUCGAGAACGGCCCGUCUGAACUUGAAGCGAUGUUGACGAUGUACGUGGACACCGUCAAGUCUGAGUAUCCCGAGAUAGCCAGUGAAGGAUUGAAGAAGGACAUCGUCGACAAGCUUCUGUUCGCGUGUCUUAUCUUAUCCUUCCAGGAACACAUAAGCGACGACGAGCUCACGCGGAUUAUUCAACAAGCGGAACGAUUAAACAUCUUCGAUUGAAUGUCCCAUUAAACCUAGCGCUGGCAAGGUAUUCCUCGAAACUUGAACUACUAGAGUCCACUGUGAAACAGAGUAUACACGUGACCCUCGAUUUACGCGGUAAAUUAGAACACUAUUUACGCGGUAGUUUUUACGUAAUCUGAAGUUAACAACACCGAAUGAAGUGUACUUUUGUUUCCUGAAAUGUUAUUAUUUAUUUCGUUUACAUAUAUGAAAUAAAUAUGUAUUUUUGAAUCUUAUACUAGUUUUCCUUUCGAAUAUUUUGUUUACUCUUGUAUCGACAGACUCCAUUUACGCGAUUUUUAUUCGCGUAAAAGGAAUCCACGCGAAACGGAUUUUUGCGUAAAUCGAGGGUUAAGUGUAUGCUGAAGAACAUCGUAUCUUAAAUGAUAAAUAGUGAUAAUAAAAUUUCAAAUUUAUUAAUAUUUCUUAAUACGUUGAAUGCCAAGAGGAUCACCGGUGACCCCCAAAUCGAAUUACUAUAGUUCAUUCAAUUAAACGAUGAUUAUUUAGAAACAUUUCUAUAUUAUAAA